GCAACAGCAAUUUUUGUCGGCAUAAUGUAAAAUUGAUUUUUUAAUAAAAGACUCUAAUAACGUUUACUUGUGAUACGACCAAAGUAUUUUCUAAUCUCGGUAUUAUAUUUUAGUGACAAACUGUAAAACAAUCAUUACAAAUAUAAUGGAUGAAAAAGAUCCACCACACACAAAGAAUUCGGGGGACUCCGACUCGGAAUCCACGUCUUUAUCCUUACCAAUACUUGACGACUCCAAAAAUAAAUCUGAAGAAAUAUCAGAAGUAUCAGAACAUAUAUCCUCGAACAUUGAUAGUGUCGAAAAUGACCGAUCUUUCCAAGAAAUUGAAAUUAUGAACAAUUUAAUUGAACCCGACGUCGAACACAUUUCACAAGAAAAACCAUGUGCCUUGGAUAAUAGUGAUAAAAGCGAAAUCAGUUUGAAUUUUAUCCAAACCCUUGAAAAUCAGGUUUUACCUAUUUACAAAGAAGACAUCAAUUCUAAUAACUCGUAUAAAGAAAGCCCAAAAGAUGAGAGUUUCGAUAUUUUUGCUAAUUUAGACCUGGACGAUAAAAGCCUAUCGAAGAUGAAGCUUUCAGCAGAUAUCAGUUUGGAUGAAAAGAACUUGAAUGCAACUAAUUUUGCACUUAAUUCAACUGACUCGGAAUUGACUAAACGAAUAAAAGAAUUUGAAGAGCUGGUCGCUUUAAAAGAUAAUGCAAUUGCAGCUUUGACUACUGAAUUAGAUUCCAUAAAAGAAAGCAGCAAUUUAAAUACAGGAAGUACAUUAUCUACCACUGAAUACAAACAACUUCAAGAUGAAUGGCAUGUUAAGAUGGCAGAAUAUACUACCACCAUUUCUUAUAAAAAUGAAAUAAUACAACAAUUGACUGAUUCUUUGGAGCAAUCCGUAAAAGAGAGAAAUGAUAUGGCCCAGGAAAUUCUAGAAUUCAAAAAACAAAUGGAUAAACUAAAACUAAAUAUUAGAAAUGUUGAUGAAGAAAUACCACCGGAUCAAAUUAAAUCUGAUGUCCAAUUAGACAAGUCAUUUGAAUUGAUUUCUCCUCGGCUAAUAAAUGAAAAUUUGAACAACGAAUAUGUUUCAUUAGAAAAGACUUUAAAUUUAACACAACAGAAGUUGUUGCAAAAUUUAAAUUCAAGAUUUAAUGCCAUUUUGGAGGAAGAAAUAGCGAAACAUAGAGAAGUAUAUGACUUGGAAGUUAAAACUUUAAAGGACAAUAUGGCGAUUGAAAAAGAGGAUUUUGAAUCAGAAAUUGCGAGACACAGAAAACUCUUAGAUGAAUUAAAAUCCGGAUCAGCGCAUUUAUUGGACAUCAGAAAUGAGUUAGAAGCUAAACAUUCUCAAGAAGUGGAGGAACUAAGAACAUACUUUGAACAAAAAUGCGCUGAACUAGAAAAAAAUUAUUCUGAUGAAAUAUUCAGUCACCACAGUAGAAAAAUAUCGAGCUCAAGUUGUUCUGAAGCGGAAUUGAAUUCUGAUGUACCGUUUUCAAAUCCAUCCGGUCCCGAAGGAGAUUGUCUUCAUGCAAAUCAAUUGAAUCUUAAUAAAAAAGAUAUCAUUAAUCUACAAAAUGAACUUAACAGCCUCAUUAACAAGAUAAGUAAAUGUGAUUUAGACACCAUUAGCGAUGAAGAUUUUACAAAUUUAAAAUCAGAAAUUGGUCGAUCUAAUCUACUGAGUUUGCUCAAAUUCGAUGCAUCACCUGUGAAGAUUAAACACAAAAUCAGCGAUUCUAAAAAUUAUGAACAAAAAUAUGAAGAAAUGAAAGAUGAAUAUGAGGAUAAAUUAAAUGAUACCAAAGAGAAAUAUGAACGCGAAAUAGCUUAUUUAAGAGACCAAUUGGAAAACUUUGAAAAACGUCUAAACAUUACUUCAACUGCUCAAGAAGUGGGAAGUUCAGGUGAGUUCGAAAUUACUGAGGUUAUUCAGAGCUAUGAAAGAAGGCUACAAGAACAAGUCAGUUUAGCCAAACUCGACAUAAUCUCAGCACUUGAGUUACAAAUACAGCAUUUAGCUUCUAAUGAAACCAGCGAUGACGAAUGGCCCACGGAACUUCUAAGACUUAGAGACAAGUUCAAAGAAAAAUACGAAGCGCAAAUGAAAACGUUGAUACAAGAUCACAAACGUGAGAUCGAAACUCUAAAAGAUGAGCACCUUAAAGUUUUGAACGGAGCAUUGGAGCGAUCCAGAAGAAGGAGUUUGAGAGAUGAUGAUAGCAUAAGUAAGGUGGAGACUCAAGCUAUAAGAGAAAGAGAUAUUCUCCAACGUCAAUUAUCGGCACUUCGAAAACUUCUGGGAGAACUGGUUAGAUAUUUUACGCAAUGUGAAGACGAACUCAACAAUACUUUAGUCGAUGAAUUGUUAAAAAACGGUUUUGACAAGAACCUUACACAAAUAGAAGAAGAGUUGAAUUUGACGAUUUCAAGUCCAAACAGCUCUUCAAAGACAAGUGAUAGUACUGUUACAAGAGUGCACCUUAUUCCGAAUGUAACUGAUUUAAUUAAUUUAAUCGAAAGUAGUUCCACCGAAGAUGGCGAUUCUAGAGAUAUUUCGAUUGAUUUGAAAAACGAACUAGAAUUAUGUCUCGAAAAAUUAAAACAUGAAGCUAACGCGAUUUUGGCUCUUACAAAUAACAUUCGAUCUUCCACCGAUCCCAGUACUAAGAAUUUAAAUCUCGAAGAGCAAGUUUCUUCAUUGACCAGAAAACUGUUCAUCGAAGGCCAAGUUAACGACGACCUGGAAUCCCAGCUCAAGGAAAUCCAGGUGUAUGCUGAAACUUUAGAAAAAGAAAAGGAUCAUAGAAGUGGCCAAAAAGAAAUCAUAUCCGAAAGUUAUGGUGAACAGGAUUCAUUGAUGCAUUGCUCAGAUGUUAGAAAACAAAAAAUGUUUCUAAUUCUAAAAUCGUUUGUAUUUUUUAUGUGCAUUGGCGCACUAAAUUCGGAAUGUUCGUUUUUAAACGAAGUGUUCUCCUGUCACAACACCGACAUAGUCGAUUUGUACAAGGAAUACUUUAGAGAUAAAUGGAAAACUAGUCUGGUUUCCAUAUCGGAAAUCAAAGUGUUCGAUUCAAACAUCUCGAAAAUAGAGUAUUUUUACAAAUUACCGCAGUUGGGCAACAUAACGACGUUGGAAUUUAUAAACUGUCAGCUAUCCAUGAUCCACACGAAUGCCUUCCACGACUUCAAGCGAUUGAAGAAGUUAGAUUUGAGCCACAACCAAUUGAAAGAAGUGUAUUUCACAAUCCUGCUGUCCGUUACAUUGGAAAAAUUAAGUCUCGGCCACAACAACAUCCUGUUUAUAGACAUAAACUUCAGCAAAUGGAAAAACCUGAAAUUGCUGGAUUUGAGUUUCAACCAAAUCACCAGUAUUGAUUUUCAAGUAAUUCGAGCCAUACCGACAAUCAACUUCAGCCACAACAGAAUCAAUUCCAUAGUGCCCUAUCAGAUGCAGUAUUUAGGCGAAUUGGACUUUGUGAAAUUAAAUAUCAGUCGUAACGAUCUCGAUACGUACGACGAACACCAGUUUUUCGUAAUAAUAGACUGGCUAGAUUUAAGUUACAACAACUUGAAGGUGGUUAAUAUGAAGUACUCUAAGAAUUAUUUGAGUCUCGCCCACAGCAAAGUAGUUUCGUUCGAUGAAAAAAUCAGUGUGAAAUACGCCGAUCUGACGGCCGUUGACGGCAUAGAACAAGUCAAAUUGAUAUCCGAUCAUUUAGUAUUGAAAAACAACCGUUUCGGCGAUUUGGCAACGUUUAAAAUAGAUUUGAGGUCAUUUUACGAUAACACCCUUCACCAUCUAGAUUUAUCGAAUUCUUCGAUAACUUCCAUUCCAGAGAAUUAUUUCACAAACAUAAUAGACUGUUACCUGUUGAAUUUAAGUUAUAAUAAUAUCGUAAUGAUAAAAGAACACACCUUCAGGUAUUCGAAUAUACAACACGUGGAUUUGAGUCAUUCGAAUGUGAAAUCGUUGGAAGUUGCGAGCUUGAAGGACGGUAUUUUUGGGGUUUUUAAAUUGAACAACAAUAAAAUAUCCGGUUUGAACAGGGCUUUUCAGAACACGUCCAUUACUCACGUCGAUUUGUCAUUCAAUUUACUGACGCAUUUGAGGGACAGCUUUUUCGAAAAUCUGAGCAACGUAAAAAUAUUGGAUUUGUCUAAUUGUUUCAUAAGAAAAAUCGAUGCAGGAGCUUUUAAAACGUUGGAUUACUUAGAGUACUUGGAUUUGAGUUAUAAUAAUUUAACUGUCGUCGAAUCGAAAGUAUUCGAUCAAUUGUCUAUAGGGUAUUUAAACUUGAAAGGUAACGGUAUAAAAGCUUUAAAUUCGCAUUCGUUUAGUAAUUUACACAACAUAACGGAGUUAGAUUUGUCCGAUAUGAAAAUAGAGACUAUCGCCAAUUCCUGUUUCUAUAACCUGUCGAUUGUUCGAGAAAUAAAUCUUUCGAACAAUAAUAUACAGUUGGUGCAUUCGAAUUUAUUUAUAGAAACACCAGCGUUGAAACGCAUAGAUCUCUCCGAUAAUCCCAUAAAUACAUUGAAUCGUUUUUCGAACAAAAUCAGUCUAAUCGACUUGAUUUUGAGUUUCAAAGGAACGUUGCAAUCAGAUCAAAUUUCAAAUUUUCACAUUGAAAAUUUAACCUUAAAAAAUUCCUGUAUAAAAACUGUAAAAAACGGAAGUUUCAAGGGUUUAUACAGCUUAAAAUACCUUUAUUUUAACAACUCUGAUAUAAAAAACGUAGAAAGUAACGCAUUAAUCGAAUUGUUCAAUUUACAGUUCCUGGACGCCCAAAAUCUCUUUAAAAACAUCAAAAUCCUCAAGGAAGGAAUGUUCCAAGAUUUGAAUAAAGUGGACAAUUUAAAUUUGUCCAACACCAAUUUAUAUUCCAUCGAAUCUAAAGCUUUUUACGGUUUGAAUAGAGCCGAACUGUUACAAUUGAACGAUAACCAAAUUAAAGAAAUCGUCGACGACACCUUCGUAGGUUUGGGCUUUUUAACAGAACUAAAUUUGAGCAACAAUCGCAUCACCACUCUCCAAACGAAUUGUUUUUUCGGUUUGGACAGUUUAAAAAUCCUGCUGUUGUCCGAUAACGGUUUAAAUGACCUCGCUGAGAACAUUUUCGCCCCGUUGAGCCAGCUGGAGAUACUGGAUUUGCAAAAUAACAAAUUAACUGUGUUGCACAACGACCGUUUGAAAGGCAUUCCGAACUUACUGGAGCUGAAUUUAUCGCGAAACAACCUGAAAACGUUGAAAACAGGCGUGUUUCAGUACCUGCCCGAGCUGCGCUAUUUGAAUUUGAUGCUCAACAACCUGGGCGAAUUCGGCUCUCCUCAGCAUUCCUUCAAAUUCGGCGUGCUUUCGAACCUCAAACGUUUGGAGUAUUUGGAUUUGACUUACAAUCAUUUCUCCACUUUGAUCGUUAAGAACGUAUUUAUGUCGUUGAAGAGCUUGAGGCAGCUGCAUUUGAAUCACAACGAUCUGAAAUUGUUCGAUUUCGACUCGUUGUUGGUGAAUUCCAAAGAAGUAGAAUUCGUAGGUAUAUCUUAUAACAAAUGGCAUUGCGAGUAUCUUUCGAAUGUAAUCGAAUUGUUGUACAACAAGAGCGUUAAUUACAUGCCACAAAUUCCUAUAUUCGAUGACGAUAAUAUAGAAGGGGACCCGAUGAAGAGUCUGGCCGAAAUAGAAGAAAAGGCAAGGAAUUUGCUUUCCCAAGAGAAAACCGGAACCGAUCCGGCCUUGCUGCGACUCUUACAUGAAUUCUGUAGAGUAUGUGAGAAAGUUAAGGAGGAAGCUAAAAGAGAUCGGUACGAUCUUAUUAAACAAAUAGAAGCGGCGGAUAAAAAAUACAAAUUCACGCAAAAGUUCUUGGAGGAACAAGCCAUGGAACGGGAGCAAGAAAGGGAUGAGGCUCAGAAGAGAAUCGACAGUUUAAUUAAUCAAUUAAAAGAUAGAGAUAAGGACAAGGCCGCUUUAGAAAGGACCAAUUCAGAAGUGGAGCGGUUGGAGCAUCAAUUGCAAGAAAAAAGCGCCGCUUUGGAGCUAGCACUGAGCAAACUCAAAGAGGUGGAAUCCGAAAGAAAGGAUUCCAUAGAGAAGAAUAUCAUAUUGCGCGAGAUAAUUCGCGAUUUAGAAUCGCAAACGGAAUCGAAAUCGAAGGAAAUCGACCAGUAUGUGACAGCCGUUAAGAAAUUGCAAUGUAUAGUCGAGCAGCAGGACAAAGUAAGCGAGAAAUUGGCCGAUAAUUCAACUAGAAAUAUUACAGAUGUCGAUGAUCUCUACAAACACUUAGAUGAUUUGGAAAACGAAGUGCAGACGUUGAGAUUGCAAAGUGAACUGGCCGGUAACGAAGGAGCUAGCAAACAAUUUAGAAAACAACUCUAUGAAAUCGAAUGCCAAGUAGAUAGGAAAACUAAAGAGUUGGAAACACUUCAUUCGACUGGCAGUACUAAUUGCAGCUCGCCUUCUGAAGACGUUUCAGCUCGAGAAGUGGUUUUUCCAAAGAGUCCGAAAAAGAUGGAAGACUGCGAAGUCCCGCUGCAACAACUCGCGAGGCUAAAGGAAAAAUUAAUAAGGCAUUCUAGGGCCGAAGAUGCCGCAAUGAAGAGAAUAAGGGAUUUGGAAAUGCAAGUUUUCCGUUUAAAACAAGAAGCUGAGGAAACAUCAGGCGAAAGGGAAUACCUGAGGAAACAAAUCCAAGAGCAACUAGUUCUCAUCUCCGAUUUGCAAAUCAGACUCGACGAGCAACGCAUACGAGGGGACAACAUCGAAAAGCAGAACAACACCGCGUUCGAAUUGAAAAUCUACGAUUUGCAAAACGAAAUCGCGGCGCUGAAGGAAAAGUUGCAGCAAAAGGAGAAGGCGAUCGGCAAUCAGCAGGUUUUAUUGGCGGAGACUCAGGAGAGAUUGAGAAAUUUGGAGAACGAACUGGCAACAUCCAAAGACGACGAAUUGUUGGUUGGCAUGCAAAAGGAGAUCGAAAUGCUUCGGAAAGACAACGGUGAAAUGAAGGAUAAGAUGCAAAACGAUGCUAAUAUGGUACCGAAUCUGGUGGAAAACAUAAUAUCCGAUAAGAAUUCUGAUAUGGCUAGAUUAAGAAUGAAAUUAGACGAUACCGAGAAGUUGCUAGAAGAGUACACUACGCUAAAAUUGGACAAAAAGGAUUUGCAAACUUUAGCUAACAUCAAAAAUAACGGGACUAGUUUAGAAGAGUUGUUUAGUAUACUAGACCUGAGCCGAGGCGACACGAUUAGAAAAAUGGAACAAACUGGUAACUUUAGUACACCGAGUUUGUUCGCACAAAAGAAAAUACAGGAAGAAAAUACGCUUGCACCAGAUAUAUCGGCUAUAUUAGGGCCCGGUCAUCAUUCCGGCGACGUGCAAUCCAGAAAUUCAACGGAAUUAUCUAAAAAAGUUCACUUUGAAGAUGAUUUCAAAAAAGAAAUCGCCGACCUGAAAAACCAAAUAGAAACUAGAGAUAACCGUAUCAAAGAGUUUGAUGAAAAAAUGAAAAUUCUCAAUAAUUUAGAAUCCAAAAUAGAAAAACUGCAAGCGGCUCUUGACGAAACCGAAAAAAUCCUGUCGACGACGAAAGAGACCUUCGAAAUGGAACAGAAAGAACUAAAAGAAAAAAUCAACAAUCUCACCGUAACCAUCACCGAAAAGAAAUUGCACUUAGAGGAAGCGCAGAAACGCAUACAGAUCUUGGAAGACGAUUCUAAGCGAAAGGAUACCGCGUAUCAAGAUUUAGUUAGAGAAAAUAAAAAACUGGAUAAAGAAUUAAAUACCACCAUCAAUCUGCUUAAAAGCAAAUGUGAAGAAUUGGACGUACUAACAACCCAGCAUUCACUAAAAUCGUCGGAAGUAGCGGCUUUGCAAAAACGGAUUAACCACAUUUCAGCCGAGUUGUUCGAAUCCGAUUCUCGUUAUAAAAAACUAAAAGAAACCCUGAAAAAUAACGAAGGCGAAAUGGACAACUUGCACCGAGAACUGGACAGUAAAUUGGACCAAAUCGAGUCUAUAACCAACGAAUUGUCGAACACCAAAGAGAAGUUGAGUAAGAAGCGGAAAAUUGUAAGAGAACUGCAGGAUUCCGUCGAGAGUCAAACGAAACAAUUAGAUAUUUUACAAGGGCAACGGAAACAACAAGAUGAAAUCAUAUUAGAUAAAAGUGCCGCUACCGAUAUUCUAACCGAAGACAUUGAUAGAUAUAAAUUGGACAUUUCUAUCCUAGAAAACGAAAUUAAAAAGCUAAAGCAAGGCGAUGUGGCUAAACUCAAGAAUCAAUUGGAAGAAAAAGAGACUAAAUUAAGCGAACUAAACGGAGAACGUAAUCGUUUAGAAGAACUAAUAAAAGAAAAAGAAAAAAUAAUCGUUCAAAUGACGGAAGACAGUCACCAAUUACACGCUAAUUUGACUUCUAUACAAAGCAAAAUCAACGAGUCGGGUAAUUUGAUAGAUUUGGGUAGAAAGCUUAAGAAAGAACAGAAGAAAACGGCGGAAUUGAUGCAGGAAAUACACAGUUUAAAAGCUCAACUAAUGCAAUACAGAAGCAACGACAUGACCUCGUCCGUCGACGAAAUCGCCGAUCAAUUGAAGAAAGAACUGGACUAUUCCAACAAGAUAGAUUCUAGUAUACUAAUCGCCGUCAGCGAUCAAAGUUUAAAUUCUAUUUCCGAGACGCACGACGUGGAAACCUACAAAAAAGCACUUGCUAAGGAGAGACUGAAUAAGAAGCAACUACUCCAGCACGUUCACAAACUCCAAUCGAAAAUCAACGCUUUGCAAGACGACUUGGAUAAAGAACGAUCCGCCUUAAAUCAAAACAAAAUCGAAGAAGCUCGAGUAAUACAAGAACUGAAAAUUCAGCUGCACACUUUGAUGAAAAACGACGAGGAACUGAAGAAAUCUUUGCGCGAUAAGAAUACCGAGAAAGAAAAUUUGGAAGAGGAAUUGAAUCGGUUAAAGGCGAAGAACAGUCAAUCGGAGUCUACAGAGUACAAAAAAUUGCCCAGCAACGAAGCUAUCGAAUUGAAGCAGUUGCGAAGGAAUUUCGAUGUUCUACAGGGCGAAAAAAAUCAGUUAACCAACGAAUUGAAUAAUUUAAAGCGAUCCCAAUUAGAAAUGGAGACCGGUUACAAAUGCACAAAGGAUAUGUUGGCGUUGGAAGUGCAAAGAAAAAACAAAUUUGAAGAGAAAGUCCACGUCUUGCUGGUUAGAGAAAAGGAACUAAAAGACAGUUUGAUGCGGAAGAAUUUAGAAAUGGAGCGAGUAGUGGAUGAAAUGUCGCAAGAGAAGGCGGAUUUGGUCAAGCAAAAACUGGAGUUGCUUCAGCGAUUGAAAUGUAAUAACCCGUUCAAAGCUCGGAAUACCGCUAAUAAGCAACCCUCCGGAGACGAAUUCUUGGAGAAAAUCGAAGAACUAAACAACGCGCUUAUCGACAAUAAAAAAUUUAUAGAUCUAAUAUCGAGGUUGACAAACGAAAAGAAACGAGUGGAGUACGAGUUGGAUAUAGCCAAAAGGUCCAAUAAAGAUUUCAACAUGCAGGUAUCUACUAACGACCUUAUGGCCAGGGCCGAUUAUUUGUUUGCUAAAACGCUUAAACUGGAGAGCAUAAGGAAAGCACUAGUGUUUCAAAAGAGCUACCUCAUGGGUUACCUAAUUUCCCACAAGAGGGAAUGUUCCGUUAGUGCCUUACCCGACCCGAUUGUUCAGAGGCAACAAUUUAGAUUGGAAUUUACCUUAAAGCACCGAUUUAGAGCGCACGUUUUUGCUGUAAUUUCGCUAAUAAGGAUGAAGUAUUUGGUCAGAAGAUGGAACAGUGGGGUACGAUUAGCCGGUAACAUAAACUCCAGGCAUUACAGGCAUGCGGGCGAUGCCAAUGAGCUUGCUUAUCAAGCUUCUUCGACCCGGUUUCAAGUGGGACAACCAGUAUCUAGUCAGUUCUUCCAGAAUGUUCCAUCAGCCGCACCGGCGACAAGGAAUCUUAAUCCGUUUCGCCAACAAGAGACUGAUAUCGUAGAGGAAGAUCCUUGGUCGGGGAAUUCACCACCUUCGAAAGAAAACUAUCCAUUUAGAUCAAAACAAGAAGUGCCUCAAGUAACGCAAUUACUGGAUCAGUUUGCGGAACGCUUCGAGAAUAUUCAAGAAAAUUUGCGACUGAAUAAUUAAGGGAGUAUUAGUAAGUAGAUUAGACAACAAAUUUGUUUUUAUUGUUAUAUUAUUAUGAGCCUGCUUCUUUAAAAAAAUACGUUUUAAGUGUUACUAUGAACUAGGUUAAGUUUAGGUUUUUUUUAUGUUUACUAUAAAAUGUCCAAGAUUUUUACGAAAGUUGCGUUGUUUACGGAUUAUUGGAUUGAUCUUAUUUGUAAAUUUUUACAUUUUUGAAAAAUAUGGACAUACAAAGCUUGGACAAAUUUAAAUAUCGUUUAGUUUUCUUUCUUUUUUAUUAAAAAUUUUGUUUUAUCGAACAUUUCUAUUUUAAUUGGAGUUCUAAAUAACGCAAAAAGGGUACAAAAAUAAUGCUCGG